AUGGGCCCCCGUACCGACUCCUCAUGCUGCUGCCAGGCCCGUAAUCUGUCAUGGGCCCCUGUACCGCCUCCUCAUGCUGCUGCCAGGCCCGUAAUCUGCCAUGGGCCCCCGUACCGACUCCUCAUGCUGCUGCCAGGCCCGUAAUCUGUCAUGGGCCCCUGUACCGCCUCCUCAUGCUGCUGCCAGAUCCAGAGUGUGUCAUGGGUCCCUGUACGGCCUCCCAUUGCUGCUGUCUCCAUCGCCACACUCUGCCAUGUGCCACUUUCAGGUCUCCUCACACUGCUGGUGGGUUCCAUUUUGUCAUAGGGUGCUGGCAGAUUACGGGCCUCCCAUUGCUGCUGCCAGGCCCGUAAUCUGCCAUGGGCCCCCGUACCGACUCCUCAUGCUGCUGCCA